AACGGAUGUUGAUGAAAAAGAGGAAGAACAUCAUCAAGUCCUAAAAGAACAUGUGAGGAAGAUGUUGGCUGCAAGGCCUCCACAAGAGUUGAUUGUCUUGAUUGAUGAUAUCCAGCGGCUUGGAUUGUCCUACCACUUUCAACCCGAGCUCGAGACGUUGUUACAAGACAUCAAGGAUAGCUUUCUUGAAUAUUACUGCAGAGAAAAGGAUACUGAUCUUCAUCAGGUUGCUCUAUGUUUUCGGUUACUUCGACAGCAAGGACAUUUUGUUUCUUCUGAUAUGUUCUACAAAUUUAAGGAUAGCAAGGGGAAGUUUAAAGAAGAGCUGGUUAAGGAUGUGAGAGGAAUGCUCAGCUUGUUUGAAGCAACCCAUCUUAGAGUGCACUCAGAGAACGUACUUGAAGAUGCUCUGGACUUCACUACACAUCACCUUAGUCUCUUUCUAAAUUCCAACUCGGAUGAUCCAUUGGUAGACCUUGUUGGUCAUGCACUGAGGUAUCCGCUCUGCCGAGAUAUUAAUAGGCUGGUGGCAAGGCAUUACAUUUCACUCUACCACAAAUUUGAUUGGCAUAAUCAAGUAUUGUUAGAUUUGGCGAAGUGCGAUUUUAAUCUGGUGCAGAAGUUGCAUCAAGUAGAGCUGGGUCAUAUUACAAAGUGGUGGAAAGACCUACUAAUGACUUACUAA